AUGGCUUUGUUGCUACCAAAUUUAUCCGAAGUGGAAGAAAAGCACGGAAUCACAGCUAUUGCAAUUGAUGAAGACAAGAACAGCCAGCUUGCAGUGAAAUGGGCUGUAGAGAACUUUUUUAACCACAAAAGCCGUCAUUUCAUCCUUGUUCAUGUUCGAAUUAAAACCUUUAACCCUCAGGGUUUUGAUGCUGUACCAAAAGAGGGUCGUCCACCAACUAAGCAGGAGGUGCAGCUAUUCCUUCCAUAUCGUGGAUUUUGUGCUCGAAAAGGAGUUGAAUUGAAGGAAGUAGUCAUCCAUGAUAUCGAUAUUGCAAGAGCACUAGUUGAUUAUAUUGGUAACAACUGCGUUGACAAUAUUAUUCUCGGUGCUUCCACCAGGAAUCCUCUAACAAGGAAAUUUAGGAAUCUAGAUAUUCCAUCUAGCUUACUAAAACUUGCUCCAGAAUCAUGUGGAGUAUAUGUUAUCUCAAGAGGAAAAAUUCAGUCCCAAACUCGACCUCAGACACCCUCUAGUGCUGCUAAAAGUCCAGCGCAACCUCAAACACCGACUAGUCCCGCUAUUGGUCCAAGGAAACCUGAAACACCUACUAGUGAUGCUUCUCACCGAAGGCAUGUUCGAAUACCAAGAGGUGCUGCUACUCCAGGGCAGCCUCAAGCACCUAAAACACCACCUACUACUCCCAGGCGCCUUCAAAUGCUUACUCAUAUUGAAACUACAAGGCAACAAAAUCACCAGGGUUUUUUACCAUAUCUUCUAUCCGAUAGCCCAAAACAUGAAGAUAUUACUAUCAAUCCUCUGUCGAUGGCACCAUGUGAGGAGCGUACAUUCAGCUACCAGACUCUUAAAACAUCAAUGGAUGGUCGAGCGCCGCAUGCGUUGAAAGGAGAUUUUGUAUCGUGUCUCGGUGAAUUUUCAGGGCCACCAAGUGUAGUAUCAACUGAAAUUUCCUCUGAAGAUUUUGAAUUCUCAAUAACAUCAGAAAGUCCUAGGGACUUCUCACCAAUCCCAAAUGUGGUGGAAGCAGAAAUAAGGAGACUAAAACUCGAAUUGAAGCAAUCUAUGGAAAUGUAUAGUUCAGUUUGCAAAGAAGCUGUUAUGGCCAGACAUAUGGCAAGUCAGCUUCAGCGUUUGCAUGCAUUGAAAACACGUAAAUUAGAUGAAGCAAAGCUUGCUGAGGAGGCUGCACUGUCAUUGGCAGAGAUGGAGAAGCAAAAGGCCAAGACAGCUAUAGAAGCAGCAAAAAUGGCACAGAUGCUCGCACAAAUGGAAGUUCAGAAGAGACAUACCGCAGAAAAGAGAGCCACACAAGAGGCAGAAGAAAGGAAAAAAGCAACAAAAUAUUUGGCACAUAAUAGCGUGCUAUAUCGCAAAUAUACUAUUGAAGAGAUAGAAGUUGCGACAAAUUACUUUGAGAGCUCCAACAAGAUCGGUGAAGGAGGAUACGGACCUGUUUUCAAAGCCACACUUGAUCAUACUCCGGUUGCCAUCAAAGUUUUGAGACCAGACUUGUCGCAGGGCCAGAGACAAUUUCAUAAAGAGGUUCAGGUUUUGAGCAACGUGAGACAUCCACAUAUGGUUAUCCUGCUUGGUGCCUGCCCAGAGUAUGGAUGCCUCGUGUAUGAGUAUAUGGAAAAGGGCAGCUUGGAAGACUGCCUCUUCAGGAAAGGCAACACUCCUCCAAUCCCAUGGAAAAAACGUUUCAGCAUAGCUUGUGAAAUCUCCACAGGCCUACUUUUCCUUCAUGAAACAAAACCAGAAUCGUUGGUGCAUCGCGAUCUUAAGCCCGGAAACAUCCUCUUAGAUAGGAAUUAUGUGAGCAAGAUUUCGGAUGUGGGUUUGGCCAGGCUUGUUCCGCUAGCUAUGGCUGACAAUAUUUCUCAAUAUUGCCAGACAGAAGCAGCUGGCACAUUUUGCUAUAUUGAUCCAGAAUAUCAGCAGACAGGACUGUUAGGCGUCAAGUCAGAUAUAUAUUCAUUGGGUAUAGUACUGUUACAGCUUAUUACAGCAAAGAAUCCUAUGGGUCUAUCCCACCAGGUUGCGCAGGCCAUUGAGGAAGGAACCUUUUCAGAUAUUCUUGACCAUACACAGACAGAUUGGCCUGUAGAAGAGGCGUUAUCGCUUGCAAAACUGGCGUUGAAGUGCUGUGAGCUGAGGAAAAAGGAUAGGCCAGACCUUGCAUCAGUGGUUUUGCCGGAGCUGAACAGGCUAAGAGAUCUUGCAUUGGCUAAUGAAGCUGGUGAAAAUCAGACGGUCUUACCACUACCCCACCCUUACGUUUCAGUUUCAGAAGGGAAAUGCCAUGCUAGUCAGGAAGGACUGAGAAACAAUCCUAACGUCGAAAUGCAAAAUUCAACGUAG